AUGUCAUUCAACAGCUUCCCGAGCAACCAGCUGUACGGUGCGCAUCGGUACAGCAGCGCAUACAAUGCGGUAGCGGUGCCAGACAGCGGGCCCGGGGCGGGCCGGUACCGCAAGCGCAAGACACAGGAGGCGGCCGAGGACAACGUGUUCUUCGAGCUGGGGAAGAACAAGCGCGUGACGGUGCGGCAGUUCCGCAACAUCAACCUGGUGGACAUCCGCGAGUACUACCAGGAGUCGGCCACGGGGGAGAUGAAGCCGGGCAAGAAGGGGAUCUCGUUGACCGAGGAGCAGUACGACGAGCUGCUGCAGCACCGCGGGCAGAUAGACGAGGCGCUGCGCAGCUUCGGGUCCGCGCGCCGCCGCAGCCCGCCGGCCGAGCCGGCGCGCGCGGAGCCGGUGCGAGAGCUGGAGCCCAACAAAAAGACACGCAUCGAGCGCCGCGAGAAAGCGCGCAAGCGCGAGCGCAUGCCAGCCAACCCGCGCCUGGACAACCCGCGCCUGGACAACCCGCGCCUGGACGACGCAUGCCCGCCGCGGCCGGCCGCGCACGACGACGACGAUCUGAACUCGAGCGACGAGGACUUUGCUCAAGCGCUGGAGUCUGAGGUCCGCCGCCGGGACGAGGACAUCAGCGAGGAGGAGUGA